CUUUUUCCAACAAUGAGACCACAUAUUAUACUGAUGAUCUUCUAAACAUAUUAAAAAAACUGAGAGUUGAAAAAACAAGGUUAAUCUGUUAUUUAUCUUAAAAUUUCUUAGAUUAUGCAAACCAUCUUCUGUUUUGCUCGGAUUGGCACUCGGCUUCAUCCUCUUCUUAGAUGAGUUAUCCGUACGUUCACCUCUAACUUUUUGUUUCUUUCUCUUUUCCUUAUUUUGUUGCAAGUUGUUGUCUUCCUCACUCAAUACUCGAUCGAUGAGGAGAGACCUCGGCGCCGGUUGGAGGACUUCUUCCAAACUUGGUUUUUGCCAUUUUUGAUUUGCUUCAAUAAUAUUAUGGUUUGCAGUUGACCGGGUUGUGGAACAGAGAUAGGGGAAAAAUUGUGUUGAACAGAGUGGACUCGUGGGCGGCUACUGAGAUGAGGUAAUAUAACAUCAAAAGGGUCCAUUUUGUGUAGUAGCCACAUGAGGCCCGUUCAACUACUGGCCCAUUAGUUUUCCUCCAUUGCAACAACAUAUAGAACAUCGUCACAACAACAUAAAGAAAAUGAAGAGAAAAAUGGGGGACAGGAAAAGAUCGGCAAACAAGAAACCAAAAUCGGAUUGGCCAUCAAUUAAACCUAAGUCCAAUCUUCAAAUCAAUCGCCUCAAAGACGACGAUUUGAUUACUAUUCCAAACUAUCUGACAUCGGCUGAAUCAAAAGCAUUCAUAAAUGCGGCAGAGUUGAUUGGUUUUGUUCACCAAGGUAGUCUUGGUCCUACAAUGGGUGAAGCUUUUAGAGACAAUGACCGGAUAUCUGUGAAUGAUCCGAUUCUUGCAGAAGCAAUAUGGGAAGCUGGGCUUAACAAAUUAUUUUCAGAUUUCAAGAUCCGAGGCAAAGUUGCUGUCGGUUUAAAUCCAAACAUAAGGUUUUAUCGGUACAGUGCUGGCCAGCGUUUUGGGAGACACAUUGAUGAAAGCGCUGAUCUUGGAGAAGGAAGGCACACUCAUUAUACUUUGUUAAUCUAUCUAAGUGGUGCUCCUGGUAAAAUGAAAGCCAAGUCUAAAAACACCGAGACUUCUCAAGAUUCUUUGGAACCAUUAGUUGGAGGAGAGACUGUUUUCUAUGGCCCAAGAAAUUCUCUAGUUGCUGAGGUACCUCCGAAAGAAGGAAUGGCUCUACUUCACAUUCAUGGGGCCAAGUGCAUGUUGCAUGAGGCACGAAUCGUGAGUAAGGGCAUCAAGUAUGUGUUGCGAUCGGAUGUAGCAUUUGCCUAAGGGCAUCAUCUAUUGGUAGGAUUCAUGUCAUCCCCAUUUGUGAUCUUGUGGGCUAAUAUGUUUUUCUCGAGUUCCAAGUCGACGUACCUCUGGUAUAAUAUUUUGUAAUAUUCGCAUCUGCUUAUUUUUGCUAAAUACAUGUCAUUGCAUAAGGAAAACAGACCGAGUUUAUACCACCGAUAACAUGCUUGAAUAGUCUAUAAUAUUUGAUUGUAUGGCAUUAUGCGUUGACACAACAUUUGAUGAUGUUUUUAUGUUUUUGUACGUGUUAUUUUAACUGUAUUUAUACAUUUGCAAAUUUAUG